UCUCGGCAGAGACGCGCAUGAAAAUUUGUUUGCGGCUUUCUCGUGUUGUGAAAAUCAAAAAUCGCCGAAAAUGGCUGCGGCUACGAGUCAAGCCCUCAAUAUUGAAAUAAAAUUCGACGAGGAAGAUGUGCCGUACGAGGAGGAGAUCCUAAGGAACGCUUACUCCGUAAAACACUGGCUCCGCUACAUCGAUCACAAGGCAAAGGCUCCGAAUAAUGGCGUGAACCAGGUGUACGAGCGUGCUCUGAAGGAACUGCCCGGCAGCUACAAAAUCUGGCACAACUACUUGCGCACAAGGAGAAAGCAGGUGCGCGGCAAGAUUCCCACGGAUCCCAUGUACGAGGAGGUCAACAGCGCCUUUGAACGGUCUCUGGUUUUCAUGCACAAAAUGCCUCGUAUUUGGAUGGACUACGGCGCCUUUAUGACGUCGCAGUGCCGCAUCACCCGAACUCGCCACGUAUUUGACCGCGCGCUGCGAGCUCUUCCCGUCACGCAGCACGCAAGAAUCUGGCCCCUGUAUCUGCAGUUUGUCCGGCGCUUUGACAUGACGGAAACAGCGCUCCGCGUCUACCGGCGCUACCUUAAACUCUGUCCCGAGGACGCCGAAGAGUACGUGGACUAUCUGCAGGAGUCGGGACACCUGGAUGAGGCUGCCCAGCAGCUGGCCAACAUUGUGGAUAACGAGAGCUUCGCGUCCAAGCAUGGCAAGUCCAACCACCAGCUGUGGAACGAGCUGUGCGACCUCAUCUCGAAGAAUCCCCACAAAGUGCACUCCCUGAACGUGGAUGCCAUCAUUCGUGGCGGCUUGAGGCGAUACACGGAUCAGCUGGGACACCUGUGGAACUCCUUGGCGGAUUACUAUGUGCGCUCGGGUCUGUUCGACAGGGCGAGGGACAUCUACGAGGAAGCCAUCCAAACGGUGACCACUGUCAGAGACUUUACCCAGGUCUUCGAUGAGUACGCCCAGUUCGAGGAGUUGUCCCUGAACAAGCGCAUGGAGCAGGUGGCGGAGAGUGAGACAGCCACAGAGGAGGAUGACAUCGAUGUGGAGCUGAGGCUGUCGCGGUUCGAGUACCUAAUGGAGCGACGGUUGCUGCUGCUCAAUAGUGUUCUGCUGCGCCAGAAUCCGCACAAUGUCCACGAGUGGCACAAACGGGUCACUCUGUACGAGGACAAGCCAGCCGAGAUCAUUUCCACAUACACGGAGGCCGUGCAGACGGUGCAGCCCAAGCAGGCGGUGGGCAAGCUGCACACUCUCUGGGUGGAGUUUGCCAAGUUCUACGAGGCCAACGGCCAGGUGGAGGAUGCUCGCGUUGUCUUCGAGCGGGGCACCGAAGUGGAGUACGUCAAGGUCGAGGAUCUAGCUGCUGUGUGGUGCGAGUGGGCUGAGAUGGAGCUGCGCCAGCAGCAGUUCGAGGCUGCCUUGAAGCUGAUGCAACGGGCCACGGCCAUGCCCAAGCGGAAGAUAGCCUACCACGACGACACGGAAACGGUGCAGGCGCGGCUCCACCGAUCGCUGAAGGUGUGGUCCAUGUACGCCGACUUGGAGGAGUCCUUCGGCACGUUCAAGACGUGCAAGGCAGUCUACGAGCGGAUCAUCGAUCUGAAGAUCUGUACUCCGCAGAUCAUAAUCAACUACGGAAUGUUCCUGGAGGAGCACAACUACUUUGAGGAAGCCUAUCGCGCCUACGAGAAGGGCAUCGCUCUGUUCAAGUGGCCAAACGUGUAUGACAUAUGGAACUCGUACCUAACCAAGUUCCUGGAGCGGUACGGCGGCACCAAGCUGGAGCGGGCGAGGGAUCUCUUCGAGCAGUGCUUGGACCAUUGCCCCCCCGAGCACGCCAAGUACUUUUACCUGCUCUACGCCAAGCUGGAGGAGCAGCAUGGCCUUGCCAGGCACGCCAUGACAGUCUACGAUCGGGCCACGUCCGCCGUGAAGGAGGAAGAGAUGUUCGACAUGUACAACAUCUUUGUGAAGAAGGCGGCAGAGAUCUAUGGUCUGCCGCGUACCCGGGAGAUCUACGAGAAGGCCAUCGAAGCGCUGCCGGAGCAGCACAUGCGGCACAUGUGCGUCAAGUUUGCAGAGCUGGAGACCAAGCUGGGUGAGGUGGAUCGAGCCCGAGCCAUCUACGCCCAUUGCUCGCAGGUUUGUGAUCCUCGCAUUACCGCUGACUUCUGGCAGACUUGGAAGGAGUUCGAGGUGCGACACGGCAACGAGGACACGAUGCGGGAGAUGCUGCGCAUCAAGCGCUCCGUGCAAGCCACCUACAACACCCAGGUCAACAUGAUGGCCGCCCAGUUCCUGAACAACGGAGCUGCCGAUGGCGGAGCUGGUAAUGGAGCCGAGCCGGAUGCCAUGCGCCUGCUGGACGAGAAGACGCGACAGGCGGCUGCAGAGGCCAAGCAGAAGCCCCCCGAAAAGGCAGCCUCCAAUAUCAUGUUUGUGCGCGGUGAGACCCAGGGUGGGGCCAAGAACAAGGAGAACACGGUGGUCAAUCCCGACGAGAUAGACCUCGGCGAGAGCGAUGAGGACGAAGAGGAGGAGGAGGAGGAAGACGAACCAAACGAGAACGCCACCGAAACGGCCACAAAAACCGACAGCGAGGGCCUGAUCAUGAAGAAACUGCGCUUCGAACAAAAGGCCAUUCCGGCCAAGGUCUUCGGGAGCCUGAAGCCCUCCAACCAGAACGACUCGGACGAGGAGUGA